AUGGUUGUAUCUUUAGCAGGCAGUGUUUGGUCAGCUCCUGCAGACCUCGUUCUUGAAGAGGUUGACUCUGAAGAUGAGGCUCAAGAAAAGGAAACAUGUCCAACUGCAAACUCACCGCCAAAUUCACAACCUCAGUCCCAACCACAAACACCAUGGUCACCAGAACAAUCUCUUCCACUGAGUGUCACCACACCCUCACAAGCACACAUAGAACUGGAGGACUCAGAGACCCAAACUGCACGAUGGACACCCAUGAUCGAGAGCAUCAGGAGAGAGGCGGAGGACACUGCCAUAUUAAUUAUGGAGGAACGGUUGAUACAUGAGCGUCUGGCGAUGGCACGAAUGGCAGAAGAGGUGGCACGUCAGACAGCAGAGAUGGCUGUCAGGGAGUUGGCACAGGCCCGGUUCAGCAUUCAGAGCAUUGCAGAAGAGUCAGAAGAUGUUGAUCAAGAAUUACAAGUGCUGCAGGAAGAGGAAAGUGAUGUAGAAGUCAUACGGAAUCAAAUUGCAUCGUGUCAAGUACCUUCAGUUAAGGAGUUUGUUCCAGAUGGACAAGAGGCAGAGGCUAUAGACACUGCGGUGACUGUUGAAACCCCUGUGGAGGAGUUCAAGUCCUCUUCACUUCUACAGGAGGAACCAGAGCCUGAAACCGAACCUGAGCCUGAGGAGAUCAUGAGGAGGAGGAGCCCAGGGACUCCAGUGAAGCCGAAGAAGAACCUGAGCCGAUCACUCAGCAACCUCAGUCCAUUACCAGCACCUCUGUUUCACGAACUGAUUCACCGGUGGAGAGUACAGCUCCUGAAGAGGAAAGCAGUGACCCUUCCAGAUGUGAUGCUCUGAAGAGAUGUUUCAUGCGUGUACCAUAUGCGCCACAGGCCCUUGACAACUUCAACCAGUUCUUGAAAGACAUCGAUGUCACUUUGCCCAAAGUGCCUUCCAUGCCCAAUCUGCCCUCUGCUCUCUCUCAAAUCACCCAACAGCUGCUGUCUCUUCCUCCUCAACUGGCACAGCUCCCUCAACAAAUUUCCCAGCGAUUCUCCAAAAUCACCCCACAAUUCCCAAACCAGACGCUUUUUAGUGCUCCUCAUUUUCCCAGCUUCCCCGUGCAGUUAUCCAGCCU